AUGGUUAUCACCAGAUCUAAAGUGAAGAAACUGCAGAUCAACGAUGAUCUUCUAAUCGAAAUCUUUCUCCGGCUGCCUCUUGCCUCUGUUCGUCGAUUCCAAUCUGUAUCCAAACACUGGCGUUCCCUUUUAACUGACCGGUGUUUCACCCUCAUUUAUAAAAAUGGUUGUAUCUCUCGUGGCUUGUUUGUUAAAGAUUUCUACGUUCCUUUUGAUGAUGAGAACAGAAACCCUCCUUUUCUUAAUCUCGACUUCUAUCCUGAUCCUCGUGGUAUUAAAAUCAUCCAAUCCUGUAAUGGAUUGCUCCUUUGUUGUAGCAAGAAGAUCAAGCGUGAUUGUAUAUACUACGUAUUCAAUCCCACCACCAAGCAAUUCGCUCUGAUUCCAUCAGUUCCUGGAGGUGGACAUGUUCGUAGAACUAUCUGUUUUAUGGCUCUCGCAUUUCAUCCAACUGAUUGUCCUUGCUACAAACUUGUUUGCAUUCGGUAUAUUAGACGUGAUGAGAAGCUUUUUCAGAUUCAAAUCUACUCAUCUGAGACAGAGAAAUGGAAGAUUUCAGAUCAAUCUUUCUCCGCGAAUUCUUAUACGUCCUUCAGCUCCGGGGUUUAUUGGCAUCAAGCGAUUCACUGGGCUCACUCCAAUGGUAAUCCUUCCUACUUUAAUCUCGACACAGAAGAAUUGCAAACGAUGCCAUCAUAUUUUACUAUCGACACACAAGAUUUUACUGGACGCUAUCAUGAAGGAGAAAAGGCCGUUUACUUUGGGGAGUCAAGAGGCUGUCUGCAUUUGGUGAAGAGGGUCCAGCGCAGUUUCCAACUGAAGGUGUACGAGAUGUUGAAUCAUCAUUCCGGGUGGUUCGUUAAAUAUAUGGUGAAGCUUGAUGUGCAUCGCAUGAAUGCAAUUCGGUGGUUCCCUGAUCAUUACGCUAUUCAAGUCUUAGAUGUGGUGAGGGGUGGAGAAGAAGAUGAAACCUUCUUCAUGGUGAUCCAAAUUCUUGGGAAGAUCGUAAGGGACCAUUUCUGA